UAAAACUCACAGUUUCAACAUUUUCCAUUAUAUCUUCAACGAAACAACCACACCCAAAGAAAGAAAAAAAAAUGUCCAAAUUCGAUCCCUACACGCACCUUGGCAUCACUAUCAACCCGGACGGCACUGUCACGCGCGCCGUCAAGACCCCGACCGUCGACGCCAACCCCGACCCAUCACCGGGAACCGCCACCGUCAGCAAAGACAUAACCCUAGACUCCAAUAAAGAAACAUGGGUUCGAAUUUUCCGACCAACGAGGCUCCCUUCCAACGACAACACGGUGGCGCGGUUGCCCAUCGUGAUCUACUUCCACAACGGCGGCUUCCUGUUCCUCAGCCCCGCCGCCCCCGGCUGCCACAAAAAAUGCACGCAAAUCGCCAGCGACUUCCCCUCCAUCGUCGUCUCCGCCUCCUACCGCCUCGCUCCGGAGAACCGUCUCCCGGCGAUGUACCAGGACGCGCGCGACGCGGUUUUGUGGGUGAAAGAACAAAUGAACGACCCCAACGGAGAGCAGUGGCUGAAAGAUUAUGGAGAUGCCUCUAGGGUCUACAUUUAUGGCUGUGACUCCGGGGCAAACAUAGCCUUCAACGUUUCCAUGCAGGUUGCUGACUUGGAUUUAGAUCCUUUAAGGAUUCGUGGGUUGGUGAUGAACCAACCCAUGUUUGGAGGGGAAAAGAGAACGGCGUCGGAGCUCAGAUAUGCGACAGACCAAACGUUGCCUUUGCCGGUGUUGGAUGUGAUGUGGAAUUUGACUUUGCCUAAGGGGACAGACCGUGACCAUAGGUAUUGCAACCCUAUGAUGAAGGGACCGCACCUUGAUAAUGUGAGGAAAUUGAGGAAGUGCCUCGUUGUUGGGUACAAUGGGGACAUCAUGGUGGAUCGACAACAGGAGUUUGUGACCAUGUUGGUCAAGUGUGGGGUGCAGGUGGAAGCUCGGUUUGACCAAGUAGGGUUCCAUAAUAUUGACAUGGUGGACGUUGCUAGGGCUAGUUCAAUUAUAAAUAUUGCCAAGGACUUUAUUCUUGGUUGAGUUGCUUGGUUUGUAAAGCUUUGUAGUUUUGUUAAGUUUUUUUGGUUGAGUCUUUGCUGCAAUUUUGAAGUUUUUAAGAAUGUUGUUAUUAUGAUUCUGAAGUUUUGUAACCAUGUCGAUCAGCAUGUGCCAAUAAGUCAACAUUAUUUGAGUUA